AAACUGCAAAAUACAACAACAAAGAAAAAGACCAAGAAGAUUAAAUACAUCAUUUUUCGGUUUCUAAACAAUGGCUGCACACAAAAUGAGUCUUACUAGUCUUUUCUUUGUGUCAAUAGUGAUUGUAUUAUCAUUGUUCAGCGGAUUCGGAGAAGGAAGAUACAUAAAAUAUAGAGCUAUUGCAAAAGAUAGAGUUCCAGACUGCACUCAAGAUCCCAAAAAUUGUGUCAGAGUUCCAGUCAACCAGUACCAUCUUCCUCCUGGUUGUCAAAACACUACACAUUGUUAUCGUGAAAAGUAUCAUAUUUAA